GCAGCCGUAGCCGCAGCGACGGCGGCCGCCGCGCAUUAUGCAAAGCGGAGGCAGAUGCGAGCCGGGCCAGCCGGGCUCGCGCCGGCCUCUCCUCCCAGCGGCUUGCCCCGCCGCCUGACUCGCCCGGGAGACUCCCCGGGUCAGCGCCCGGGGCCGAGGAGGGCCGGGCUGGCCUGAGUGCCCGGGGCGCAGCGGCGCGGCGCUGGGAUCGCAACAUGGGGAACCAGGAUGGGAAGCUGAAGAGGAGCGCAGGUGAUGCCUCGCAUGAAGGCGGCGGCGGCGGCGGCGCCGAGGAAGCUGUGGGGCCCAGGGAUGUGGAAGCCACAAAGAAGGGGAGCGGGGGCAAGAAGGCUCUGGGCAGGCACGGCAAGGGGGGAGGGGGAGGCGGCGGGGAGCCGGGAAAGAAGAAGAGCAAGUCGGACUCCAGAGCCUCGGUGUUUUCCAACCUGCGGAUCAGGAAGAACCUGUCCAAGGGGAAAAGCGCUGGGGGCUCCCGCGAGGACGUGCUGGACUCGCAGGCCCUGCAGACCGGGGAGCUGGACAGCGCUCACUCGGUGCUCACCAAGACCCCGGACCUCAGCCUCUCGGCGGACGAGACCGGCCUGUCGGAUACCGAGUGUGCGGACCCUUUUGAGGUGACCCGUCCGGGGGGUCCGGCUGAGGCCAGGGUGGGCGUCCGGGCGGUCGCCGAAGAUUUGGAAACUGCAACAGGGGCUCAGGAUGGACAAAGGACCAGCUCAGGUUCGGACACGGACAUCUAUAGCUUUCACUCGGCUACUGAGCAGGAGGAUUUGCUUUCAGACAUCCAGCAGGCGAUCCGCCUGCAGCAGCAGCAGCAGCAUCUGCUGCUUCUCCAGGGCUCGGAGGAGCCUGCAGCGCCCCCCACCGCCACCUCCCCUCAGCCCGGGGCCUUCUUGGGCCUGGACCAGUUCCUGCUGGGGCCGCGGCGCGGGGCUGGGGAAGCCCCGGACACGGUGGAGACAGAGCAGGCGCUGUCCGCGGUCUCGGACCUGCAGGAGGGCCUGGCCGUUAAGUCCCCAGUGGCCGGGCAGCCGCCGUCCCCCGGCGCCCUCCGCGCCUCCGGAGCGCCUGGCCUUCCAGAGGCCCAGCCCGCAGCCGAAGACUCGCCCUCGUCCUCCGCCUUCCCGUUUCCCGAGGCCGGACCGGGGGAGAGCGCGGCCCGCGCCUCCGAGCCCAGGGCUGGGGACACCGAUGAGGAGGGCGAGGAGGAUGCUUUUGAGGAUGCCCCCCGCGGCUCUCCAGGGGAGGAGUGGGGCCGGGAGGUGGGAGAAGAGGCCCCGCAGAGGCUGGAGGGAGAGCCGGAGGAGGGGUCGCGAGGGCCUGGCACCCCGACCGCUGCCUCCCUGCCCGGCAGCCCCGCGCCCAGCCCGCGCUGCUUCAAGCCCUACCCACUCAUCACCCCCUGUUACAUCAAGACCACCACCCGGCAGCUCAGCUCGCCCAAUCAUUCCCCGUCUCAGUCCCCUAGCCAGAGCCCCAGGAUCAAGAGGCGGCUGGAGCCCUCCCUGAGCCGGGGGCCCAGAACUGCCCUGGCCUCCGCGGCCGCCCCGGCCAAAAAGCACCGAGCCGAUGGUGGCCUUUCGGGCGGCCUCAGCCGCUCUGCAGACUGGACAGAGGACCUGGAUGCCCGUGCGCCCCGGGCGGGAGGCUCCGCGCACCUGCUGGAGCGCGGUGUGGCCGCGGAUGCCAGCGGAGGUGCGGUGUCCUCAACAGUGGCCGCCAAGGCGUCUGGGGCGCCCGCGGCUGCAGAUGGCUUCCAGAACGUGUUCACAGGGCGAACUCUGUUGGAGAAGCUGUUCAGCCAGCAGGAGAACGGGCCCCCAGAAGAAGCUGAGAAGUUUUGCUCCCGGAUCAUUGCCAUGGGCCUUCUACUUCCUUUCAGUGACUGCUUCAGGGAACCGUGUAAUCAGAAUGCCCAGUCAAGUUCAGCUCCGUUUGAUCAAGAUCAACUUUACACCUGGGCUGCCGUCAGUCAACCCACACACUCUCUGGAUUACUCCGAGGGGCAGUUUCCCAGGCGAGUCCCAUCUGUGUGGCCCUCGUCUCAGCCUCCUGAAGAAGAACAGAGGCCAGUGGAUACCGGAGCAGAAUCUCAAUCUGCUGUUUUGGAAUCUCCUAAAAAAGAUUCAGAUGCUGCCCAGCAGGAAGUUUCUGAUGGGAAGUCUGAGGGGCAGGCAACUGUAAUUCAGCAGCUGGAGCAGACCAUUGAGGACUUGAGGACCAAAAUAGCUGAAUUGGAGAAGCAGUACCCUGCCAUGGACAUGGAGGUGGCCAGUGGCCAUCGAGACGUUGAGAAUGGAGUGACACAUUCAGAAGAUGUCCGUCUUGAAGCUCUCAGGUUAGGAGAAAAUGAUGUUCGGCAUCAAAGGACUUUACAGGCAAAAUCAAUACAGACUUCCCCAACGGAAGAGGGCGGGAUACUGACACUACCUUCUGUGAGUGCACUGUGGGAUGGUGCUCCCUGCCCACCUGGGGCUGAAAAUGGAGAGUCAGCUCUUCCGUCCUCACCUUCUGGACCUCAGACAAAGUUCUGUUCAGAGAUCUCUUUGAUUGUGUCUCCAAGGAGAAUAUCAGUCCAGCUCGAUGCCCAUCAGUCCAUACAGAGCAUCUCACAGCCUCCACCACCUUCAUCCCUUCUGUGGUCUGAUGGUCAAGGACAGCCUGGGUCACAGCCGUCCCAUCCUUCUCUUCGUACUGAGUUUGAAACCAGCCAUGAACACUCUGUUUUCUCUUCCCCUGAAAACAGCUGUGACAUCCUGUCCCCACCACCGCUGCCUUGCACAGAGUCCUCCAGCUCCAUGCCUCGCCUGGGCAUGGUGACCCCCCCACCUACCCCUCUCCCUGGCAUGACUGUGCCUAUUCUGCCCAGUGCAGCCAUCCCCCCACCUCCUCCUCGGCUGGGCAUAGACAUGCUGCCACCCCCUCCACCUCCCCUUCUUGGAGAAGGAAUACCCCCUGCUCCUCCUCUUCCCAGUGUAGGAGUACCCCCUGCCCCUCCUCUUCCUUGUGUGGGAAUACCCCUUCCUCCUCCUCUUCCUGGUACCGGGAUACCUCCUCCUCCCCCUCUUCCAGGAGUGGGAAUACCCCCUCCCCCUCCUCUCCCAGGAACAGGAAUACCUCCUCCCUCUCCUCCUCUUCCUAGUACUGGGAUACCCCCUGCCCCUCCUCUUCCUUGUGUGGGAAUACCCCCUCCUCCUCCUCUUCCUGGUACCGGGAUACCUCCUCCUCCCCCUCUUCCAGGAGUGGGAGUACCCCCUCCUCCUCCCCUCCCAGGAACAGGAAUACCUCCUGCCCCACCUCUUCCUGGUAUGGGGAUACCCCCUCCACCUCCUCUUCCUGGUAUGGGGAUACCCCCUCCCCCACCUCUUCCUGGUAUGGGGAUACCCCCUCCUCCACCUCUUCCUGGUAUGGGGAUACCCCCUCCCCCACCUCUUCCUGGUAUGGGGAUACCCCCUCCCCCACCUCUUCCUGGUAUGGGGAUACCCCCUCCACCUCCUCUUCCUGGUAUGGGAAUACCUCCUCCUCCCCCUCUCCCAGGAACAGGAAUACCUCCUCCCCCACCUCUACCCGGAGUGGGUAUACCUCCUCCCCCUCCUCUGCCAGGUGUGGGGAUUCCGCCUGCUCCAGGUUCCCCUCUCCCUCCUCUUCCACCUGGGGCAGGAGUCCCCGCACCCCCGCCACCCCCUCUGCUUCCUGGAUCAGGUCCUCCAUUCCCCCCACAAGUUGGCAGUAGCACUUUAUCGACACCACAGGUGUGUGGAUUUCUUCCUCCUCCGUUGACAUCUGGCUUGUUUGGACUAGGGAUGAAUCAGGACAAAGGGACUCGGAAGCAGCCAAUAGAGCCUUGCUGCCCAAUGAAACCCCUUUACUGGACAAGAAUUCAACUGCACAGUAAAAGAGACUCCAGUCCUUCACUUAUUUGGGAAAAAAUUGAAGAGCCAUCCAUAGAUUGUCAUGAAUUGGAGGAAUUAUUUUCUAAAACUGAUGUAAAGGAGAGAAAGAAACCCAUUUCUGAUACUAUCUCAAAAACGAAGGCUAAACAAGUUGUCAAGUUGUUAAGCAACAAAAGAUCACAAGCAGUUGGAAUAUUAAUGUCUAGUCUUCAUUUAGAUAUGAAAGACAUACAACAUGCUGUUGUAAACUUGGACAAUUCAGUGGUUGACCUGGAGACCCUUCAAGCUCUCUAUGAGAAUAGAGCUCAGCCAUUUGAACUGGAAAAAAUUGAAAAGCAUGGCCGGUCUUCCAAAGACAAGAAAAAUGCCAAGUCUCUGGACAAACCUGAACAGUUCCUUUAUGAGCUGUCACUAAUCCCCAACUUUUCAGAACGAGCCUUUUGCAUCCUGUUCCAAUCCACGUUUUCAGAAAGCAUUUGCUCCAUUCGUCGCAAACUGGAAUUACUACAGAAAUUGUGUGAGACAUUAAAAAAUGGCCAAGGGGUUAGGCAGGUUUUGGGUUUGGUUCUAGCAGUUGGCAACUACAUGAAUGGUGGGAACAAUACCCGGGGACAGGCAGAUGGCUUUGGAUUAGACAUUCUUCCGAAGCUGAAAGACGUGAAGAGCAAUGACAACAGCAGAAACCUUUUGUCUUACAUUGUUUCAUAUUAUCUUCGAAAUUUUGAUGAGGAUGCUGGAAAGGAACAAUGUGUCUUCCCACUGCCAGACCCACAGGACCUUUUUCACGCCUCACAUAUGAAAUUUGAAGAUUUUCAAAAAGAUCUCCGAAAACUGAAGAAAGACUUGAAAGCCUGUGAGGUUGAAGCGGAGAAAGUGUACCAGGUCUCCUCAAAAGAGCACAUGCAGCCUUUCAAAGAAAACAUGGAGCAAUUUAUUAUUCAAGCUAAAAUUGACCAAGAGUCAGAGGAGAAUUCAUUGACAGAGACCCAUAAAUGCUUUUUGGAAACCGUAGCCUGUUUCUUCAUGAAACCAAAACUUGGAGAGAAAGAGGUGUCCCCAAAUGCCUUCUUCAGUAUCUGGCAUGAAUUCAGCUCCGACUUCAGAGACUCGUGGAAGAAGGAGAACAAACUUAUUCUGCAAGAGAGGGUAAAAGAAGCCGAAGAGGUGUGUAAACAGAAAAAAGGCAAAUCACUUUAUAAAAUAAAACCAAGACAUGACUCUGGAAUUAAAGCAAAGAUAAGCAUGAAAACCUGAAUAGCAAACAGGAGAGUGAAAAGGAGUCAUUGCCACAACCUUCACACGAUUCAGCUGACCUGAGGUCGGGAAGAAAGCGACAUCAUUCUGAUCAUUUGUCUUCUUGACCUCAUGCAUAAUCUUUGCGUUUUCUAGACAGUUCACUAAUCGUUGAAUUUUACUGUAUAUUCAGAUAAAAAAUGCAAAAGCACUAGACCAGUGGAGAAUUGGACACUUUCCUAUUUGUAAAAGUUCAUGGUAUUAUGCCUGUAGACCAAAACAGCAUGGAUAAGGGGUGGUACAUGCACUAAUUCUGAACAUGCUCAACAUUAACCUGAAGUUUACUUUUGUGAGACUAUCCCUUGUCACUACAAAGACACUUCCCUUUCUACAGACAACCAGUCCUCCCCAUCGCUGCAGAUACAUGGGUAAAAUUUCACUUCCAGUGAAUUGUCUCAAUUUCACAGCUACGUAUAAAUUUUCUAUUUUAAAACUUAAGUACCAUUUAUAUAUCAUCAUCAGUGCUUUCCCAACUCUCGGGUUGCUCUCCCUAAUUGUAUAUUUGUGAAAGAAGAUUAUCAUUUUCGCAAGUCAGAUAAAGAAUAAAAAAAAAAGUACUACACACAGCAAAAGAAACUCUUUCCUCUAAAUUAUUUAAUAUAGGCAGAAAUCAGAGUUCUAAGUGCAAAGAAACAGUAGUGGUUCCCCCCCCCGGUGUUGUUUUCUAGUCUUCCUGCCCCCUCAGUGCUUCCAGUGUGUACAUUACCAUCCUUCAAGAAAUAAUAGGGCAUUUAACAAAGAUCGCUAUGUGCAAUACUGUUUUUAGUGUUUCUAUUUCAAUUUUUGUAGGAUGUUAAUUUUUAUGAAGAUAAAAUGAGUUAAUAAAGAUAGUUAAU